CAUUAUCACUUGUGCGCCUGCGCAGUCAGGUCUCUUGGUGCAUGGUUAAAUGGCGGGGGAGCGAUGGAUUUUCACCAAUUCGCAACUUGUAAACACCCCCAGCCGAAAAUGUGGGAUAGACAGCGACAAAGAACUUACUUAUAGACAACAAGCUGCCAACCUUAUUCAAGACAUGGGCCAAAAGCUUCAAGUUAACCAACUAUGUAUCAACACAGCAAUUGUAUAUAUGCACCGCUUUUACAUGUUCCAUUCCUUCACAGUUUUUCAUCGAAAUGCUAUGGCUGCAGCGAGUUUGUUUUUGGCUGCAAAAGUAGAGGAACAGCCUCGCAAGUUGGAGCAUGUCAUAAAAAUGCUGCACAAAUGUCUUAACCAGGACGCACUGGAAACUAACACAGAUUACUACAUGGAACAAACUCAUCAGUUGGUUACAAAUGAGAACAUCCUACUGCAGACCUUAGGUUUCGACUUGUCUAUUGAACAUCCUCAUACAAAUGUUGUGAAAACGUGUCAGUUAGUGAAAGCACCAAAGGACUUAGCCCAGACCUCCUACUUCUUGGCAACAAACAGCUUGCACCUGACCACUCUUUGCCUACAGUACAAACCAACAGUUGUGUCUUGUGUAUGUGUGGAGCUAGCGUGUAAAUGGUCCAACUGGGAGAUUCCUACAUCGAAUCAAGGCAGACCGUGGUAUUAUUACGUUGACCAGUCAGUGACUCCAGAGCUCCUAACAGAACUUACUCAGGACUUUCUUAACAUUCUGGAUAAAUGCCCAAGCAAACUGAAAAAAAGAAUAAUGACUUGGAAGUCUGGUGAGAAAGACAAGAGAGAUAGAGAUGAUAUAACAGUGCCUCUGAGGCCUCGUGAGAAAUCUGUACCGACCUCCGCGGCAGGAAGUGUCUCGCAAGCCAGUAAAAGCUCAAAACCUCAUCAUCAUUCUCAUUCAAGUUACGAAAAACAAGCUGACAAGUCACAAGGCAGGCAAGCUUCAUUACAUGACAAUAUAAAGUCUGAACCCAAAGUGAAAACAAUCAAGACUGAACCAACUCCCACUAGUCAGACUACAGGCCACGUGCAUGGUAAAAAUGUGUUUGAUGUCUUGUCAGGGGACUCGGCAUCACUACAUUCAGAUGUGAGAGAGUCCCCGGCACAACCCCUGUCUCAGUCAACCAGUGAUACCUCCACACCAACUGUUCAGAAAACGUCACUCGCCGAAUACAAGGAGAGGAGGGAGCGAGAACGACAGGCAGCUCAAAGUAAAAGUGCUAGUAGUCUACCCAAUGUUGACAGAAAACACUCACUAAACAAAGACAAUUCACACAGGAGCGUCUCCUCCUUAGAAAGUGAGAUUUCAAAGAGGAUGCAUGCUCCGGAGACUGAAAAAGCCAAACGGUUACACCAUGAUAAGCACAACUCUUUAAAACAUGGUGUUGAAUCUGCAAAAAGUUCCAGCUCAAAAAUGCGGAUCAAAACGGAACCAGGGCUUACGCCUGAUGUGAAAUUACAAAACUACGAUUCUAGACUUAAAACUGACACUAAUCUGAAUGCAAGUCUGUCGCAUGUGUCCGAUCAGAGAUCCAAAGUUAAGAGAGAAAGCAGCACAGUAACACCUGAUAGAAUGGACAUUUACAAAACUAAAGUCAAAUCUGAACCACUCAGUGAUGAUGAAUCAAAACAAACUCACGAUGGCAUUUCCAAAGACUUUCGUCAUACCUCAGAUCCUAGUAGGGGCUCUGAUUUAAAAAUGAGACUAAAAACAGAGAGUAGUUUUACACAAGAGGGAUCAUCCCCACUCAAACUGAAAAUUAAAACUCAUCAACCAAAAGACAAAAACUCUGAGAAGCACAGUAGUACACCUUCAUCUCUUGAAGAUCAAAAAGUGCCUCCAAUGAAACUAUCUAUCCAUCAUUCCCGCAUGGGGUCGGGUGAUGAACAUUCAAAGCACAAAGAGGGUCACCACCACAAAUCUCACAAGUCAAAACAUUCUCAUUCUCACUCAAGUUCAGGGACCAAUGGCAAGCCUGAUCUUAAACUUCGCAUCAGUCUGCCUAAACAUGUGGGAGAUGGGGACAAAAAUGUGGAAAAGAUCAAACUUGAUGCAAAAAAAUCUCACAGGAGUCCUCAUACUAAUAGUGACAACUUUUCAAGAAAGAGGCCUUUAAGUCCAUCAGGGUUGUCAGAAAACAUUGACAUGCAGCAACAGCAGCGAAACAAGAUGCAGCGUGCUGAGCACAUGAGGCGGUCAUCUUCUAGUCUCUCCAAUCAUUCGGUGGUCAGCAUGGAAUUAUGUGAUAUUGGUGAUUCCAUAACAACUGACAAUGAUUUCCAUGACUUACAAAGUCCUCUAGUUUCAGCAAAUGUUCUUGAAACACUAUCACAAGUUAUAGAUAGCAAAAAAGCCAUGCUGGCCAGUGCAUCGCGUAUGAAUCCCCCGCCCCCACCUCCCCCCUUACCUCCACCCCUCCCUACCCAGCCUAUCCACUAUCCCCCGCCCCCUCCACCACCAGUACAAAAUUAUCAGUUUUCCACGGCAAGUCAACAGUAUGGAUACACACCUUUAUCUGACCUUGGUGAUCUUGAUUUUCUCGCUGAUGAUGCCAUCCCCCCUCUGCCAGGGGAACAACCCCCGCCAAAACCUCCUCUCCCUCCUUUCUGACACUGAGAUCCCUUUGUGAGAUGUACGGGUACAUUCUCACAAAAGCGUGAAGUGUUCUGUGCGAGGCUCUCUUUGUGUGAGUCAAACACGGCUCAAAAAUUAAGUUCUUGGCCCAUGUCAAAUAUACACGAUGAAUGUACAUACUCAAUUCAGAUAUCAUUUACAUUGAUUGUAAAUUACAAUAUGCACUUGCAAGGGGCAAGAUUUUCUUUUCCUUUGGUAUUUUUGUGAAUUGGAAAGUACUAUUAUAUUUUUUUUGCAUUUGAUUGGUGCACUUAGCUUGCAUGUAGAACCAGUGUUUGUUUCUGGAAGGAGGAAUAUACUUUUGAGAUUGUGGUUUAACAAGCUUAGUCUUAUUUUGCACACCAGAUAGGGUAAAUAGGAUAUGGUCAAUUGGUCAUUUUGUAGUAUUUGUACACAUAUGCAAGUGUUAUGAAAUUAAACACUCUAAAAAUGCCUUUGUAAGAUAAUACAGUUAUGAUAAUUAAAAAAAAAAAAAGAAUGUAUCUAUGUGCAUAUUCAAUAUAAGAUCAUUAUAAGAUACUUGUACUAUUUUCAACAAAUUGUCUGACAUUGAACCUAAUGAUUUACUUAAUUGCUAUAUCUCAGAUGUUAUAACAAAAUGAUAUCUGGUUGAUUUACAGUGUAUAGAAAAUUUGGGCAUUAUCUAGUUUUUUAAGACAAAAUCAUCAAAAUUGAAAUCAUUCCUGAUCAUCAAACAAUCCUUUUGAUUCAUGACACUGAAGUUGGUUGCUAAAUAAUUAUGGUUUAUACUGAUGGCUGAUUUUUUUUUAUCAUUGUUUAACAAAUGAGUACAAUAGGAAGCGUACAAUAUCUAAUAAUCAACACUGGGCAGUAUUACUUUUUGAAAUCUUUACAGAAUAUACAUCAUUUUUUUACUGGAACCAUUAUCAUUUCACAAAAACUAUAAAAAAAAUUUAGUAAAAAACAAUGCAAAAAAAAAUUCGUUUUGUUGAUUAUGUAGAUGUAAUUUAUUAAUUAAAUUAGUACUUGCUGUUUAGAAUUUAAAAGAAAAAAUUGCAAACUAUUGAAUCUUGUCGUUGCUUCACUUAGUUUAUGUUCUGAUACCUGUGCAUGAUUUAAAAUAUUUUCAAAAUAUGUAUUAAAGUUUAUGGUUCUCUUUUUUAUUGUCAAUAUUCUUCCAGGUGAAUGGAUGAUUCUCAAAGAAACCUGUUCAAAUAUCUGUAUGUGAACUAUCCAAGGAUAGUUUGAAUUUAUACUACAUUGUUGUUAAUCCAAAAAGAAAGUUUAUGUUCCUCUUUUUAAAAAUCACAAGCUGAUUUUACCUUUUCUCCCCCCACCCCUCUUUUUUUUUGAAAAUUCCUGAAAAGAUCAUGAAUGUUGAGGCAUUGUGCAAGUGCAUUGUUUGUGAGUUCCAUCUCAGGUUUUUGUGUUUAUUUAUAACAGUUGAUUUUUGCAGAUGUGGUUGACGUUUGUUGCAUUUGAUGAUGAAAAUUUAUGAAUGUAAAUGCUACUUUUAUAUAGUAUACAAUAUGUUUGCCAUGGGAAAUGUGAAUGUUGAAUCACAAAAAUAUUGUCCAUAUUUUUUAAACACGAAUUGCUACUUCAUAUAAAAACACAUUUUGUAUAUUUCUUUGUUAUUCAUUUAAUGAAAUCAGAUAACAAGAUGA